AAACCCGGAAGUGUUUCUGAAACCGACUCAUGCUGCUGUUUGAGCUUCAGGACAUUGAGUGAUUGUCAUCCAUGGAGCGAGUGAUGGCAGGAGGAGGCUUUCAGCUGGUUUUAGCCAGCGCCGGGGUCUGGCUUCUUUACAGGAUUCUGCUCCGCCUCAGACCAGGAGCUUCUCUGCAGGACGCUGUGGUCGUCAUCACCGGGGCGAGCUCAGGACUCGGGAAAGAGUGCGCCCGGGUCUUCCACGCUGCAGGAGCUCGGCUGGUUCUGUGCGGACGAGACGCAGCUCGUCUGAAGGAGGCGGUUGAGGAGAUCACGGCAAGCUCGGCAGGCUCAAAGACUCACACGCCCUGCACCGUGGCCUUUGACCUGGCUGAUUCAGACUCUGUGGGUGGAGCUGCAGAGGAGAUCCUGAAAUGUUAUGGACAUGUGGAUGUGCUCAUUAAUAAUGCUGGAAUCAGUUACCGUGGCAACAUAUUGGAUACUAACUUGUCAGUUCAGAGGGACGUGAUGGAGACAAAUUACUUUGGACCGAUUGCUUUAACUCAAGCUCUCCUUCCCUCCAUGGUUCAGCGGCGAAGCGGCCACGUUGUCGUCAUCAGCAGCGUCCAGGGAAAGAUCUCCAUCCCCUAUAGAUCAGCCUAUGCAGCGUCGAAACACGCCACCCAGGCUUACUUUGACUGUUUACGGGCAGAGAUGGAUCGCUAUGGGAUCCAAGUGACCAUCGUCAGCCCGGGUUACAUCAGAACAAACUUGUCUGUCAACGCCGUCACAGGAGACGGGUCCAAGUAUGGAGUUCUAGAUAAAACCACGGCCUCAGGUCGGGACCCACAGGAUGUGGCCCAGGCUGUCCUGAAGGCGGUUCGUCAGAGGAGUAAAGAUGUAGUUUUAGCCGGACUUCUGCCUCAUGUGGCCAUCUACCUCCGCACGCUGUGGCCUGCUCUCUUCUUCAAACUCAUGUCAUCCCGCGCUCGCAAGGAGCACCGACCGAAAGAGGAGUGAUUCAGCAGUAAAGAACGAGAGAAAAAACAGAGGACCGAAAGAUGAAAGAUGGAACAGAAGGAUUACAGAGAAGAGGAAGAGGAAGGAUGGGCAAAAGUGAAGCUUUAGUGGAGGACACAUGCAGACGGGGCUCUUCAGUGAAGGCUGAUGCAAACCAGAGACCAGAGUGUUCAUGAAGGGGAAACUUUGAUCAGCGGGUAGUAGAGAGAAAGCACAGAAGCUGGCACACCUUUAAGUUUUGGUUUUAACCCAGCAGCAACCUCUGGUGUUGAAAUGAAGCCAAUGAAGCAGAAGUCUGCAGUUUCCACCAGAGGCUGAGUGCAGAAGCAGAAGUCAGCACAUGCACAUUCAAUGUUAACACGUCCAUUUCAGGGUCCUAGCAGCUUUAUUUCAGACUAACCUGUGGAGUAGUAAGCCCCCAACUAAGGGAGUCCAAAAGUCACCCUCCCCCUUGGUUCAUUAAACAAAGUGAAGCUCAAGUAAUUGGGGGAGUCUCAGGGUCCUACUCCAGGACAUUUUGAGCAUCCAACAAUGAAUUCUCUGCAAUCGGAUGCAUAUUUAAACAGCUAUUUUUGAUGGAAUCUUCACUAUGUUAAGAAAACAAUUAAGUGAUUAAUAAUUUAAAGCCUCUGUUGCUUUAUGCAUGACGCUCAGUGUUGUAGUAUCUGGUCUGUUAUCUUGUUCAGUGUAAAAAUGAACGCUUUCAUGUCAAAGACAAAUCUUAUGAGAGAAAUGUGUUUGAUUUAAAAUACUUUAAAUCAAUGAGGCUAAUUCUCCUAAUGGACUUCAGAUAGACCCAGUCCACUACUAUUACAGUCUAUGGUUUUAACCCCACAGCUCCAUACACUCCAUGUAGAAGUCCACAUCUAAACCAACCUAACACAGACCCAGACAGACAAGCAUCUUUUAUAACUAUCUUUAUACACAGAAUAAAAACACCUCUUACAAACUGAAAACUUUAAACAGUUUCUUCCUUUUUAGAUGUCAUCUUAAUUUAAACACUUUUCUGAAAUGUUAACAAUAAAUAGUCCAAAUAACAAUUUACAUUAUGAUACAAAAGCGCAGUCAAAACUGGAAUCCACAAACAAAUCCUUCAACAUAAAGACAAAGCUGCUGUUUCUUCAGUCAUCUUCAUCGUUUUAGCUAGUGUGAGAAGAUGAAGCACAUCAGAGAUUUAGAUAGUAUAUCUAAAUAUUAGUCAUUUUAGUGGAAUGACGGAGGAGAUCUCCAAGAGUGAGACUCGAAGAAGGCAGAGAAACGUUCACGAUGCUGCAUCAGGAUGCUGCUGGUUCAGUGAAAUUCAGAAAACGAGUCGACUUUAGAUCUCUUAUUCAGUCAGUACAUUUACAUGCACGGUUCAGUCCAGUUGAAGGAUUUUAAACGGGAUCAUUAUUUAGGAGCACAAUGGGUCUCCUUUCAGACAGACAGUGCAGACCGUUUGAUGAAAACUAAGGGCAGACAACAGCGCAACUUCUGAUUUGCUUGGUAUUUAUUAAAGGUAAAGGCAAUUCUUUGGAUGAUAGAGUAUUCUUCAUUUUCAUUAAGUCUGCCCUGGUAUGAUUUUGAGUUAUCCUAGACCAUGUUCUACCAUUUUACAGCCUAGAGAGGAGCAGAAAUCUUCACUUUAAUCUCGUGAACAAUGUUCUAUUUACCACUUAUUUAAAAGUUCAGGAUGGCGCCAACCAGGCAGAAACUGACAAACAGGCAUGUGUAAGAAUUUCAAAAUAAAAGCGCAGCUUUAAGAUGAUGUUGUAGAUUAGCUGUUUUACUUCUAUCGAUUUGAUUGUACGAUACAAUACAGAUUUUUAGUAGUUCAUGAGAUGAUAACUCAUGUGCAUGAAGGAUGCACGAUUUUGUUGGCUUAUCUACAACCGAUAGAAUCUGCCCUUACCAGUUGUAAAUAUGAGCUGUAUAAACGAAUAAGACAUUUGAUGAAGAGAGUGAAAAUAAAGCCAAAAGGGAAGACACACUUUGCAGCCAAAGCGGCACACUCUUUGAUAAAUUAAUUUUUAAGGUUAUUGGUAAAACCAAAUGCCAAUACAGAUUAUUGGCCAAACAUCGGACUCAAAAAUCGUCCAGGUCAAUUAUGGGUUAACCCUGUAUCAAUCCACAUAAAUGGAUCAAUGCAGCCAUAGCACUUAUUCAAUUUGACUUCCAGGUGAAAGCUUACGUGGGCUCUGAGAGUCUGGUUAGUUUUAGUCUGAGGUGUAAACAUGCUGGAGUAAACCGAUCUCCUGUUUCAUAAUCUAGGACUGCUAAGGUCUUCCCACACUGAGCCAGUUUUUUUGUCUGAAAUUGCUCUUCUUAUGUUGGGUUAAUAAUGUUUGCAGAAUAGGGAUGGGUAUUUUUUUUUUUUUUUUUUUACCAAUUUCAGUACAAAAUCAAUACUUUUUCUAAAGCAGUGGUUCCCAACCUGGGGUCCAGGACCCCCUGGGGGGGAGCUUUCUUUGGUCUGAGGUUGUCAAAAGUAGAUUAGCAAAUAUUGAGUAAAAUUAUGAUAAAGCACUUAAUAAAUUGUUUACAAUGGUCUUUUGGUAAGAAAAACCUGUGAAGAGCCACUUCCUUAGGGUUUUAUCAACAAAACAAUUAAAUGGAUGUUGAUUUUUGGCAACAAUAUAAUUUUUUUGUUAGGG